AUGUGUUCACGCAAUCGGAUGUGCAUCUCAAGCUUUAAUGAUGAUUUCUCCUUGCUGAAUUCGCUGCCUGGCGGCACUGAUGUCCGAGUCAGGAGCCGAGGGCCUACACUAGUCGUGCAUGCCAGCGGGCCCGAGUGCAGCCGGUGUAAAGAGUCGGGCUGUGCCUGCAGCUGCGGCCAGACACAGGGCCUGUCCACCAAGUGGAAAGGCGCCAGCUGGUCGCAAGAAUGCGGCUUCUCCAGUUGGUGCCUCACCUCCGCCAUGGGCAACUCAUGGGCCCGAGGUGAUGGAGAGAUUGCCACCAAGAAAGCUGGCAGCCAAACCGCAUUCUGUUCAAUUCCGUGGGACAGAAUCUUUGGCAUCGAUGCAUUUGAUCGACCAGGAGCAAGCAGCAAAUGCCCGCCUAUCCCAAAAGCUGAAUGCAGGCAUCCUGGCAGACCAAGUCCGGCGUUUGCCAGCAGUGAGCGAGGAUCAUUUGUCGCUGGCAAGUGGUGGGCAUGA